CGGGUAUGACCUGUUGUUUUUUCUUCAUAUACCCGGCUGAAGCGUGAAAUAAGUGAAGAUGGAAACAGCUGCCAAUAAGAUGGAAAACACUAAGGAAGUCGCUAUGGAAAAUGAAACAAGGCAAUCUACAUUUACUGACCUAAUUCAACCUCAUCUGAAAGACUACUGCCCUGCUUCAAACCUGGCAUUUAAUGAGAAAGUGAAACGCUUAAUUGCAGAUGGACAGAAGGUGUAUCAUCUUGGAUUUGGGCAGUCGCCAUUCCCGAUACUUGAUGGAGCUGUGAAAAAGUUACAACAACAUGCAAAUGAGAAUGCAUAUCUGCCAGUUCAAGGUUUGCCAGAGCUGAGGUCCAAGAUCUGUGAAUUUCAUCGUAAAUUGGAUGGACUGACCCACCUUAAGCCAGAUAAUGUGAUUAUAGCACCUGGUAGUAAGGAACUGAUAUACCUUCUACUUGCUGUGUUCAAUGGAGAUGUUCUAGUUCUGUCUCCGACUUGGACAACCUACAAACCCCAGUCACAGCUAGCCCACCAUAAGGCUGUAGUUAUUCAAACAACAGAGAAUGAUGAUUGGAGAGUUACACCAGAAAAUAUUGAAAAGGUAAUUUCAGAGAAUAAUCUUCUUUUAAUUCUGUGUAACCCUGACAAUCCAAGUAAAGAGUUGACGUCAGUUGGUAUAACUGCUGUGAUGCCUACUGCCGGGUAUUACAUAUUUCCAAACUUUGAAAUACUGCGUUCAGUGUUGGCCGCUAGAGGUAUCACUACUGGUACACAAAUGUGUGACACUAUAUUUGAUGAGGUUAAUGUAGCGUUGAUGUCUGGAGGACCUGCAUUUUUACGUCCAGGUAAUGAGUUCACUGUACGUCUAUGUUUCAUUAACUUUGAUGGAACUGAGGCAUUGAAAGCAAGUAAAAAACUGGGAACAGAAAAGGACAUUGAUGAUGAAUUUCUCAAACAGUACUGCUUGACCACCGUUGAAGCAAUACAGGCUUUGAAGAAAUGGGUCAAAGAUCAACUCGAGACUGGAUCCAAGUAA